AUGUGGUGUGACAACACGGUGCUUUCUCGCUUUUCUGCGUUGCUCAUCGUUUUAUCCUUGUUAAAUCUAUUCAGUGCCCAGGAGAAAUAUAAUAUCGUUUAUGAGGGUCAAAAUGUAGUGUUUUUGUGUGAUCCGAUCGGACCAGAGACCACAUCGCUGCACUAUCAGUGGACACUCAACGACACGCAAAUAAUUGCCACGGGCAAAUCCUUUAACCUUCGAAAUGUCCAGAAGUCCGAUAUGGGCACCUAUAAAUGCACAGUGCGUGGAGACUUCGAUUCUAAAAGCGUUGUGGCCGAACAAUCAACCUUUGUCUUCGUCAAACAAGGUAAGACUAUCUAUAUAGAACUCCUCACAGUGCUCUGA